AUGUCAUUCACGGUGAGGGGUUGUUGUGUCCGUCACUGCAAUGACCACGAUGGUCACGAUAUCGAAUCUCAAAAUUAUCCGCAACCCUCAUCUUUGAGGUCAGCAGCAUCGACGAUGUCUCGGAGUGUUGUUAACUUCUUAACAGAUGGCGAUGGCGAUGGUGGAAUAGUUGGCGGAACCGCAGCAAUGGCGGCGCACCAUAACCACUCUUCUUUAACCACGAAAGGCAGUAGUGACGGCCAUGGUUUGUCUUCGUUGGCAAUAAAACAACACCCUCUGAAUGUCUUGCUGGUAGUAGCAGUUCACAAUGGACUUUGGUGGCGAUAG